AAGCAAACUCUUCGCUCGCCCAAAACCCCCCAACCCGUGGAAAAGCAAGCUGAAGCCAAACCCGAACCCUUCUCGGUUCCCUCUCGGCGCCGGCUACUCCGAAACCGUCAAACUCUCUGGCUCCAUGUCGGCGCGGCGGCCCCGGAAGAUAGCCCCCUCGUCGACCGUCGAAUCUGAAUCGCCUUAUUUAAAUGCCCUCAACACAUUGGGCAAGAUUCAAGAACCUUCCACCCCUCCCAAAACCCUAGAAUCGCCGCCCAAGCCUAGUCCUGUUUCGAGUUCUCCAACGCCGCCGACCACAGCCUCCGCUCGGAGACGCAGUCUCCGGCUCGCUUCGAAGGUAAGCCCUAACGGAACGAAUCCCAUGGUUGUUGAGAAUUUUGUUGGGAAUGAAAUUGGGGGUGAGGAUGUUGGGGUAAAGGAAGCUAGGGUUGAGAGUGAUCGGCAUUUGAAUGAAGUUGUGAAUAAAGUCGAGUCGCCUCCUGAUUUGGGGAGUACCGGAAGUGUUGCCAGUGGCGGGAGGGGGCGAGGGAAGAGGAAAUUGAGUGGUGCCGUUGGUUUUGGUGGAGAAAUGGGGGAGGAAGAAUGUCUGAAUUUACGAUCCGGGAAGAAAAUUCCUAAGAGGAGAGUGGAAGGAGAAGGUUCUCGAGGGAGUGAGAAGGGAGAUGAUGACAAAGCGAGUGUUUUGGUGUUAACUCUUGGAAAUGUGAACGGUGAUCUCAUGAACGAGCCUUUGGUGAUAAGUGAUGGGGAUAUGGAAGAUACUGUGGAAACGGAAUUGAGUUUGACUUUGGGUCGCAAUGCUGGUGUAGAUCUCAAUUUGAUUCCUGAUUUUAGGGUGCAAGAAGUGGAGAAAAACCCGAGAGAUGAAGAGGAAGAUACUGGUGUUGAAGCCAGAAGGAGAACUAGUGGGAAAGAAAAAAUGUUGUUGGAUUUCGACAUGCAGACUUCACCCAGUAAUGCUGUUUUGGAUACUGACAAUUUGGCAGAAAGCGAUGGGCCAGAAGAAUUGGGGAAAGAGCAAACUGCUAGUGGGAGUAGGAGAUUGAGCGAGGAAGAAAAGGGGAAGGGGAAAGUUGUCGAGGAUGUUUCACUGGAAAAUGUUGAUAGUGCAGCGCGAAUUCUUUUAGAUCUUAUAUCAGACUUGGAUCGUAGAGUGGGAGAUUCAAGAAAUGUUGCAGAUUCUGGUAGCCUCGGUUUGGAGGAUGAUGCACCAGUCCACACUGAAAGACAAGUUGUUGAAAAUAAUCUUGAAAGGCAGGUUGAAUAUAAUAGAUGGGUUACAUUAAGUGCAAGGGAUCGAUUCAAAGAUAUAGCAAGACAAAAUGCGGCACGCUUUGCCCUUUUCUGUUCACAGGAGGAACAGGAAAACCAUGUUGCUGAUGAGUCUGUACGGGGGAUGGCAAGGCAAGUAAAUAGGGAAAUAGAAGAUUGGCCCGGUCCCUUUUCUACAGCCAUGAAGAUUAUUAAGGACCGAAAAUCAAAUGUGAACCUGCUACAGCAGAGCUCCCGUUUGGGAAAUCCGAAACCUACAUCUAUAGUCUGGGCUCCCAAAAACGAGCCGCAUUAUGACCGCUCAAAGGUGCCGGUCCCCUCACUGCAAGACUUAUCUAUGUCAGUUCUUGUCAAAAAUGCUGAUGCCCUCACUUCACUUGAUGGUGUCCCUGAUGUACUGAGGCACAAGUUAUGCCAGUUGCUUUGUGAUUCUCGGAGGAUGAACAGGCAUUUCCUUGAUCUUCUUUUUUGUGGAUCUCCUACAGAGAUUCGCAUGAGGGACUGUUCAUGGCUUACCGAGGCGGAAUUUGAAAGUGCUUUUAAACAGUGUGAAACAAAGAACCUGACGGUGCUGCAACUUGAGCAAUGCGGACGCUGUUUGCCAGAUUAUAUUCUGUCUACUACUUUAGCUCGGUCGCCGAAUGCUUUUCCUGCAUUAACUACAAUAUCGUUGAAGGGUGCAUGUCGUCUUUCGGAUGUGGGGUUAGGUGCACUUGUUGCUUCCAUGCCUACUCUGCAAUCCAUAAAUCUCAGCCAGUGUUCCCUUCUGACCUCUGAUGGAAUAAACACUUUAUCCAAUUCAUUGGGAUCAGCUCUGAGAGAAUUAUAUUUAGAUGAUUGCCAAUGCAUAGAUCCCAUGCUUAUUGUACCAGCAUUGUCAAAGCUUGUGCAUUUGGAAGUACUGUCACUGGCUAGGAUUGAAACUGUUUGUGAUGAUUUUAUCAGUAACUUCAUAGCUUUUCGUGGUCACAAUAUCAAGGAGCUUGUUUUGACUGAUUGUGUAAAGUUGACUGAUUCUUCUUUGAAAGUCAUAGCAGAAACUUGUACCAAAUUACAUGCGCUAGACCUGGGUAAUUUGUGCAGACUGACAGAUUCCACUAUGGCAUAUCUUGCCAAUGGCUGUCGAGCAAUUCAAACCCUAAAAUUAUGCCGGAACCGGUUCAGUGAUGAUGCUGUUGCUGCAUACCUUGAAGCAUCAGCAGAGACAUUGUGUGAAUUGUCGCUCAAUUGUGUUAAGAAGGUUGCUGACAACACUGCAAUAUCACUUGCUAGACGUGCAAGAAAGUUGACUAGUUUGGAUUUGUCAUGGUGUCGCAAUCUAACAAAUGAAGCUCUAGGAUUGAUUCUGGAUAGCUGCUUGUCACUAAAAGUGCUCAAAUUGUUUGGAUGCACUCAGGUUACCAAGGAAUUGCUGGAUGGCCACUCAAAUCCUCAGGUGCAGAUUAUUGGAUUGAAGAUGACUCCAAUAUUAAAACAUCUUAAGGUGCCUAAUCCGCUGCAAGGACCAUUGCACUAUUCUUAUCCAUCUUAAGGUACCCUUUUUGGGAUUAUCCGUGUACAGAAGAUGUGCAAACAAAAAAUGUGCACUUGAGCCGUGCUGUUUCUUUGAGCGAUGACAAAUAGGAGCGUCCUAAAACAUGCAACUUGGAACUUUUUUGCAGAAUUAUACCAAUACCUUUUACAACAAUGCUGAAUUUUUAUACCUAUGAUUUAACAACGAUGUUUUUGUCAAGUACCUUGAGGACAUGUAGAUCAAUUUGGCUAUCAAUCAUAUUUGUCGGGACUUUUUCAUUUAUUUAGUUGAGUUGAUUUGGCUUGUUACCCUGUUUUUCCA